UUAUUAUCUGCAGCAUCUGAAAUGCAAAGUGUGCAAGGACAGACCUUUACAACGCCAACCGAAAUUACUGGAAAAUACAUGUGGACGCCCCCAAUUCCACAUGCCAAAGCUCUUGUUAAUCAACUUGCCCAGGCUGAUGUGUAUUUGUCUGAAACAGCCAUUGAUUUCUUUAUGAACCUUUGUGGUGGACACAGAGGUAUUUUCAUGAGAGCCAUGGAAUGGGUGCAGGAAAAGCAGAGCAGGAACAGCGCUCCGUGGAAUUUGACUCGCGCCCUUGGGGAGGCUAGCCUAGCAUGGGACACAGAGAAUUGGAUUCAUGCCCCAGAUGAUAGCUUGAUGAGGAAACUUCAGGCUAGUCGGGCCAUUCGUGUGAACGGGCGUUUUGCAAGCUUGGAGAACGUACCAGAACAAUUUAUGAAAGUCUUGUGCGAGGGUCCAACUGAUGAUAUCGCAAUAUCUCUCCGCCGCGAGCUCACAAUUUGUGGUUUUGUACUUCCUGCUCAAGACAAGAUGGAGGCGGAGCAAAAUGAGUUUCAGCGACUGGAUUGGGCAGACGUGGGGAGAAAGUAUUGCGUCGCCAAUUACCUGAUGGCUUCCUAUUACCGCUCAGUGCUUGCAGUCAAGCGGCAGCUGACAGUGGAUGUAGACAGAAACCCAGUUUCUUGCACAGAUCUGCUUUUGCGAGCGCUGCCAUAUUUGCUUUUUGCAGAUGUGGUGGUGGCCACAAUAGGGAAAGAUAAUGUUCUACCUGAUGUUUCACAAGAGCAGCUCCCAUUUGAGGUUCAUUACACCUUUGCUUUAAUUCGCGUGUUGAACCGCUUGGGAGUUGGACGCGCAAAUAGUUUGGAGAGCCCAAGUAUGGGGAAGGUUGACAUCUAUUGUACAAUACCGGACGGUUCAACUUUCGCCAUUGAAGCGGUCAUGGCUGCCCGCAGAGCAGCUGAAAUUAAAGAACAUCGAAAUCGCUUUGACAAUGUGUCGAACUACGCAAACGCCAAGCACAAGUGCUUGCUCACCAUUGGAAGGAAGGGCCACCAAUUGAGAAAACUUGUGCAAGACACGUGGGGUGGUAUAGAGGGUAUAGAGAUUGUUGGACUUGCUGCCAAUUCAGCACACACCGGCUACCAUGUCUAUGUCAAGCAGCAAGAGCAGCAAGGUAAGGAAGUCUUGGACUUCUACAUCCCAUGCGAUGGAGUUGCAAGGAGCUUUUCCUUCAAGGAUGAAGAACCAUUCUUUGAGAUCAGUUCUGCCCAGAAGUUCAAAUCCAUUCAGCCAGGCUGGAUUUCUCUUGAUAUUCAAACUCACAGGCCCCGCCACUGGAACCCAGACCAAAGCCGUUUGGGUGAGGCAAUUGCAGAAGGACCGCCGCUGUCGACAGAGAGAUACUCCGUUGGUUUUGUUUCAAAUGAUUGGUAGACAUUCAGUUUCGGGAGUUCAUGAACCUUUUACUCCGAAAGUCGUUCAUUUGGUUGAGUCCAAAACCAACAAGUGUUGAUGGUGUUCAUGUGCUUUUCUCCCAAGUCAAAAGGAUUGCUGAUAAGUCAUGACAUGUUCUUGGCAGGGUUUAGGACUGUUAAAGGCGG